GAACCGAGGUGACGAGAUUCUCGCAGUGUCGAACCCCCUCGUUCCUCCCGAUCGUCGUCGUUCGUCUCUUCUGUUCGUAUUGUUCUCCCCGCGUCUCGCGACUUAAGUCUAACGUCUAACUCGUGUCUAACUUCGCGCUUUCGUCGUGGCAUCAUCGUCGCGAAGUACAGUGACGUAAAGGUGCUGUCCGUGUAAGCGCGUUGGUGCUGUGUGUUUCAUUGGUGUGUCUCCUCUCUUUCUCUCUCUCUCUCUCUCUCUAUUUCUCUCUCUCGCCGCGCGCGAUAUUAUCCGGUAUUUCGAUACCGCUACCAUCUAUAGACUCGUAACACACUUUUACACCGCGGUUAAGCUCGCGAAUCGACCACGUGACAGCCGCGCCGCCCGACGUCGUUGCUCUUGCGCACGGAAUCAACCGGCUACUUCCUCACUCUGUGUGAAGUUAGUCCCGCAUCCUUAACUUCCUCGUCGCGGCUAUCGCCGUUUUUCUCUCACGGAUCUCUCGAUUCUCGUCGUCGCGAGUGAAUCGAUCCGUGUCUUCGCCGGCAGCCAAGAAUCUCGUUUCGUCGUCGCGUAUUCUCGAACGUAUUUUCACGAGACUUCGUACAUUUCCUCGUGAGGAAGACCGACCAUUCGUUCCCUUGGAUCGAAAUCAUCCUGGACGUGAACGUGACCAUGAAGGACGGAGAGCGCAACGAAACACAGGAGAUCAUGAUUCCUGUCAACGCGGGGGACAAACCGGCGACCGAGGAACUACCGGCCAGAUCCAACGACCUCGUGCAUACCACCUCGGUGCCGUUGAUGCAGUGUGGCUCUCUGGAGAUCGGCGAGGAACGCCAGCGUCGGGUCGCUAUGAUGGAGUCGCUCUGCCAAGUGAACGGCAGCAAGACCAACGGCCUUAACAAUGGAGAUUUUAAUAACGAGACCAACAAUAACAACACUAAUAAUAACAACAAUACCCACAAUAAUAACAAUAACAAUAGCAACAACAGUGCCACUGAUUGCCCGGAUCCUCAGCAGAGAUUGGCGGUGCUGAGCUUCGAGCAAGUCCGUCGUCUGAACGACGUGAUGAACGAAGUCGUCAGCAUUCACGGUCGAGGAAAUUUUCCUACUUUGGAGGUACGAUUGAGGGAUCUCGUGACGGUGGUGCGCAGCAAGUUAGAGACCGAUCCGAGUAACGGGGGCGCCGGCAUGAGGGUACGCGAUAUCCGGUUGAACGGCGGUGCCGCGUCCCACGUGCUGGCCACCGAAUCCCAGCCCUAUAACGACCUGGAUCUUAUCUUCGCGGUCGAGUUGUCUAGCGGCCGUAAUUACGACAAGGUCAAGGCCGCGGUGCUCGGCUCCCUGUUUGAUUUGCUGCCGGAAGGCGUGAGCCGUAAACGCAUCACCACGUGCAGCCUAAAGGAGGCCUACGUGAGCAAGAUGGUGAAGGUAAACAACGAUGGCGACCGAUGGUCUUUGAUCUCCCUCGGCAACUCCCGGGGUCAUCGGAAUGUCGAGCUCAAGUUUGUCGAUUCGAUGAGGCGACAGUUUGAGUUCUCCGUCGAUUCCUUCCAGAUUGUUCUCGACUCUCUGUUGCUGUUUUACGAAUGCAGCAAGCUGCCGAUCGCCGAGAACUUUUACCCGACCGUGGUGGGCGAAUCCGUCUACGGUGAUUUCCAGGAGGCGCUCUACCAUCUACACAAGAAGCUUAUCUCGACGAGGCAUCCCGAAGAGAUACGCGGCGGCGGUCUGCUCAAAUAUUGCAACCUGUUGGUGAAGAUGUAUAAACCGUCGCAGCCGGAUUACAUCAAAACCCUUGAACGUUACAUGUGUUCGAGAUUCUUCAUCGAUUUCCCGGAUAUAGGACAACAGCGCUCUAAACUUGAAAACUACUUGUGGAAUCACUUUGUCGGACCCGAAGAGGAGGCCCUCAAGUACCAGUACCUGAUGCUGCUGCACAGCGUUGUCGAGGAAUCAACCGUGUGCCUGAUGGGCCACGAGCGACGGCAGACACUCUCCCUGAUCCAGAACCUUGCCUAUCAGGUGCUCUGCCAAGAGCAACAGCAGCGAUUGACGAGUCAUCAACAAGCGCCGCAGGGUCCGCCUGCCACCUAUGUUUAUGCCAACGGUUAUUAUUACGCACCCGUGAUACCCACGACGUGCUACACAUGCACUUGCAAUUGGAUGGCGUGUUCGUCGUGAUGCGACAGCAUCAACGAUAACGCCGUAUUCGUAGACGCUGCCACCACUACCGCCAUUGCUAUCGCCACUACUACCACCACCACUACUACCACUACAGCCAGCAGAAUCGUCACCGAUUCACAUCGCGGCGUUAAUGAAUCCAACCACGUCAAUUUCUACAAUCAUGAUUGGUAUCAGAAAUACGAGUGCGGGAUUUAUUACAUUUGCACUUAUGGUCUUUGCUGUCCUUUCGAAGAACCCGGAGAUCUCUGUUGCGCUUAUGAUUCUUUCGAUGAUUCCGUGAAUGUGGAGGACAAGGGAGACUAUAUCGAUCACUCCAACGUCAAAGAAUCUAAACUCCUCAGUUGACAUUCAUCGGAUGGACGUUGGAAUGAUGCAAGUUUUAGAUACGAAGUGGUGUAGAAAUCUUUAGCGCCGAGGAUGUUCGUUGACGGAUGUGGGAACGCCGAAACAGUGGAUCGAGAAGGCGGCACGUUCGCGGACGGCGAAUGUAUGAUAUCGUCGAUGAUAGAUAGAAGAUAGGCAAGUUGAUGCGCAGCUUCUUCAUCGCGAGUCUCCGGCCUUCCGUUGCGAGUACUUUUAGCACUCGUAAACACUCUCAGUGGCAAAUGCUGCAGCGAGGUUGGGACCAAAACGCUGGUGCCGGCUACGCGAUUGCGGCGUAAUAAUUAAAAGACUAUAAAAGACUCUGGAAACAAUGUGUUGUGCCUAAAACUAAAAGUAAAAAAAAGAUAGAUCGGAGAGGAUUAGGAAGACGCGACGGAAAAAAACGUUCCUCCGAUGCGUUAAAAGGAUAAAAGAAACAUAACAAGAAGGCAAGACGGCUUCAGAUUAGCAGGACGAGUGCCGUUUUACAUUGAUGAAGCGCGAUUUUUGAGUGAACAGAUGUCGGCAUUGUCUCGGAACGAUCGCUGUGGAUGGAAUGGAUGUCGACGUUGUACUACGCGGAUUCUAGGAUGGCGCCGUGUUAGAGAAGGAGCUGGAAGAAAACCGGAAGGGGCGAGAAGAUGUUACGGAACUUUGUACAGAGAGAAAAAAGAAGAGUCAAAAGAAAUGAGGAGUUUACAAUUUACGAUUCGAGCGAUAAGUGUCCCUGCCUCCUCUGUUUCAAUUUUUCUUUUUUUUUUUCUUUGUUUUUCUCGCAAAAUCGAUCACAUGCCGAGUAAUAAGGAGGGCGAGGAUAAAAAAGAAGAGGAGGGAAUAGAACGGUAGGAAGGUAUUUGUGUGGCUACGGAGAAAUAUAUAUAUAUAUAUAUAAAUAUAAAUAUAUUUAAAUAUACAAAUAUAUGUAUAAAUCUCUAUGUAUAAAUAAUUAAUGUGUGGCUGUGAACACAUUUCAUUUAGAUACUGUGUAUAACGUGAUAAGAUUUAAUUCGAGAAGAUGUAGCGGCGACACGACCGGAGUGCGCCGAAGAGAGAAAGAGAGAGAAAGGGCGAACAGAGAGUGCGCGCAGAUCGAGAAGGAAACGCAAGCCGUUUCUUUCUCUCAUUUCUGCGAGAACGCGGGCGAUCAUACACAUACACACAUAUAUACACAUACAGAUGCGUGCAUUCACAUAUCUACGUAUACUGGACGUGUUUGACCACAACCGUGCUUUUCUUUGACGAUAAAUACUGUAUGAGUAGUAAAAGAUGGCGUUUCAAGAAAAAUGUGACUGCAAUCGCUUUUUAAUAGGAGAGAUUACAAGUCUCUCCUCUAUAAAAUCUAAUACAAUUGCGUAAUCCCUGCAAUGAGAAGCUUACAAAAUAAUUUGAAAGUUAUAUUACAGCAGCAAACAUUGAAAGUAAUUUAAAAACAUGCGAGUAAACACAUUUCAAGUACUUUGUGGCAGCAAUCUAAGAACAAGAAUCAAUAUCAAAUUGUUAAUGUAUCUUUAUAUAUUUUGAAAUACGCUAUUAUCAUACCAUUGUCUCGAUCGCUCAAUCGCGUAGCUCACAUGAUAUUUUGAUUCUACAUCUUUUAUAUGCAUGUAAGCAUAAAGACUUUGGUUUUCUCCUAUUUAAAAAAAUUUGCCCCAUCUGUCACAUCUUUUUUAAAGCACUUUAUUUACUCGUGCAUUAUUUAUCGUUGGAAAAAAAAAAACUAUAGUUAUUAACGACAUUCGGCAUACAAAAAUGUAACGUUAGAUCUCAUGUUGUUUUACACGAUUUUGCAGCCUGAAACUCGUUGGCGUGCGUGGUACGAAAUAAAAAAAAUGUAAGGAAUAAUUACGACCAAGAUCGCGGAGGAAGAGGAGACACGAGGAGAAAUGAGACGGAUGAAAGUAUGAGAUAAAAGCGAAGGCGAAAUCAUUCGUGAUUACCCUGUAUAUACAUUGAGCGGAGAUACGAUUCGUGUAUAAAGAUAAAGAGUGACUUUCGUGAAGAUCGUUUUCUUAGAGCAUUAUCGAAGAGAGACGAUGCGAACGCGUUAAUAUCCUGAAAGAACGACCAAUUCGUUGUACGUUAACCGGCUCGAACUGUCGCGGGGCAACAGUUUGCAUAACGUUGUUUAAUGAGACAUCGUAAAUAUUUAAUAGAACCCGAGUACGAUUCGACCGGGCGCUCACGCAUAUCCGCGUGUGUAUACGCACGUUAUACAUACACGAAGGCCGGCGUCGCGCUCGAAUCUGUCCGAUAUAUGCGUGUAAGCGGCUAUAUGUAUACACGGAUAUACACAUGCGCCCAUCAUGUAUAUACCCCUUACAUUACGAUUUUCUAUCUUCUUUUUUUUAUUCUUUCUCUCUCACCCUCUCUUUCUCUCCUCCCCAAUCCUUCUCUUUCUCUCGUACACCCGCGCGCGUGUAUCCACCCAUGUGUCCUCCGUGCGUAUCCGUAUCGACUGGCGACCCCGUUAGUUAGCUCGCUUGCUAACAGCCCUCGUUUGCCUCGCUCGCUCACUCUUACUUUCAAUUCGCGAGCGAAAGUAAAGGCCUAAUAAAAAGCCCGCAAACUGGUUUUUCAGGUAUAUCGCGUGUUAAUGUUAAGGAGAUCCAGCCGCCGGCGCAGCCGGAGUGCCUCUAUCGCCUAUCGCUCUACUACCACCAGUUGUGUGUCCCUUCUCCCUCUUCCUGGACGCCUCGUAUCGAGGCCGCUGACGCUCGAUCGCACCGCGACGACCUAUUCCGCGCUUCGCGAACGUUGCCCCGCCUCGCCUCGCCUCGCCUCGCCUCGCCUCGCCUCUCUUCGCCUCGGCUCGCCAAGGUUUUUCGCAAACGCGAACUUUUUGGGGUGAGCAUCCUUUUAGCACGGUGAAACUUUUGUUCGACAAUUGAUGUGGGAGUAUUGCAAAUUGCUGUCGGAUUAUUAUUUAAUAUGCCGUGUUGUGGUUCGAUUCUAAAGUUUGACGAAAUCCUACAUAUAAGUAGGAUGCGUAGAACGAGGGGAAAAAAAUUGAUAUAUAGUAAAAAUAUUAUUGUUAUAUAUAUAUAUAUAAUUGUGUGUACAUUUUUGAAAUUUUUGCAAGAUAAUUGGGGCGAUAUAAAUAUAAAUUUUUUUUUGGACAUAGCUUAGGAUUCAUGAUCGCGUUGAAAUUCUUGGAAUAAAGUUUUUUUUUUUUUUUUUACUAUAUCUCAAUAUAUUUUGAUGAAAAGAAAACACUUGUUAGUGACAGUUCGAUGUGUCUCGUGAUGGAGAAUAUUUACGCAGUGACUAGCGAUUUCGUAUCAUGAAUGCCUCCUACAAGCUCUUUUAAUAACGGUCCUUAAUGCAAAUUAACGUCGUACUGUGUCUCCUCUUUUGCGUCACAUCCGAGCCACUCGAGGCGCUCAACGGUGGAGGAAUUAAUCCACGAUGAGUCCGAGAUGAGUCGACCGUGUUGGCAGAAUUAAGCCUUCCGUUGUAAAAAGGUGUAGCAAGAUCGUCGAGCGCAUUCUGUUUUUUUCCUCGUCGCUUUCCAUCGCUCUUAAAUAGCGACGCGAAUGAAGUUGCGAAUAAUGUUUAGCGAAUAUUUCCUCGUCUAAGUUAUUUUCUUCUUUCAAAUCACAUUUGUUUUACGUGUAACAAAUAUUGAUGUAUAACAAAUAGGUGACUUGUUUCAAAAUUUCGACUUAACAUCGCAUAAAAGAAUUUUAUACCGUCACCUGCUACCUGUACUUUGGUUUCGUGGCAAUCAAAAGUUAGUGUAUUGUUAGGGAAGAAAAGCGCAAUAGAUAAAAGUUGAUGAAAAAAUUAUAAUCACAACUAGCUCGUAGAAUAUCCAAGAUGAUAAUAAGAAGCAACGCUGAUAGUAAUCGAAAAUAUAAAAUUAAUAUCAGCGAAUAUUUUAGUACUAAUGUGUUAUUUAAAUUUUGUUGAAAUGUGUGUUGUUUUAUAUGUGAUUUAUUUACUUAACCGUUUCAUAUGUUAGAAAAGAGGAGCGAGAAAUUCGUCAAUUAUUAUUCGCGCGUGUUUGUCAUAUGUGUGUAUGUGUGUGUGUGUGUGUAAAUUUAAUUGGAGAUUUAAAAUAUAGAGAAACACAUUCUUUGUUAAUGUUUUGUGUUAAUUAUAUUUAUGUAUUGAUUUAAAUGUGCCCCAAUUGUGAAGGAGAAAUUUACACGGAUAGUCGAAACACACAUAUGCCAAUUUCAAAUAAUUAUAAUCGCGUCUACGAUAAGUCUCAGGGUUAUCUGCCAUUAUCAAGGACGCGUUGAUUCAAUGAUAAACAAACAUGUAUAGAUCAUUCAAUACGUGUGAUCACAUUUACAGACAUAAAGAUAACAUAGAGUGUGAAUUAAUAAAUACAUUAUUAGUUUUUUAUGUGUGCGCGAAAAUCUCGACAAGCUUGCAAUUAAUCAAAAACUAAUCUGUUAUUAAAUUGUACAUUAUUCAAAAUUUAACGUAUUAGUGAAGAGGAAAAGAAGAAAUGAGUACGAGAAAUGUGAUUCAAUUUUUUUCUUGCUUUUAUAUCGGUAAUAUUUUAAUAAAUUCGUACGUUGUGUCAAAUGUAAAAGUAAAUUAAUACUUGUACAGAGAUAAAUGAACGUUGAUAUAUAUUAUGUGCGUAUAGGGAUGUGAGAUAUAUUAUAAUUUUCGUCGGAUAAUAACAUGAUAAUAACAUAAAGGGCAGUGCCGCGAUCUUCAGGCUGCAUAUUAUCAAGGGAGAGAAAAAGAAGGGAGAAAAUAUCGCAUCGACAGCAUUGUCAUAGUAUUUAGGAGAAACAUAAAGACGUAAAUAUAUUUUCAUACGGCGCACACACGCGUGUCGAUCGUCGUGAAAUGAAAAAGACGCAAAUAAGAAUCAAAUCAGGAAUGUCGCACGCAUUUUCACGCGCGAACACAUAAACGCACAAUGACGUAGAAUUCAUAAAAAAUCCAUACACGCGAGACGCAAAACGCGGAGCGAGAUGAAGGCUUUUGACUUUUUCUCUUUUCAAUCGAGCAAAUAACACAGUGCUCUUAUGUUAAAACAUUGAUCAUAACCGAGGUGUGUAUUCUUAAAAUGAACUUAAAAUACGAAUUGUGAGAGGAGAAAAAAUAUACAUAUAUGUAUAAAAGUUAUAAACACUUUGUAAACUUUAAGAGAAAUUUGCAAAAUUUAUAAAAAGAAAAAAACAAUACAAAAUCAUGUGUGUUCUAAAAGCGCUAUUUAUUUAUAAAAAAAAUAAAUUUAGAUCCAGUCUGCAAAAUAUGGAAUAUUGGUUCUUCUUAGAAUACAAGCCUCAACGGUUAUUUCGUUUGCGUGAUUGAUUUCUCAAAUUUUGUGAAUCGGACAUGGCGAAGAAGUCGAGUCCUUCAAUCUCUUUCAAGAUCGAUCCUCCGUUAAUAAUUUCUCUCAUUAAGAUUGUCUUUCGUUGUCGAUCGAGACAUAUUUUUUACCAAGCGCUUUCGAAGUCCACUGUUGAUACGUAAUUAUGUGUACCAUACAUAUAUAUACAUAUAUAUAUCUCUUGAAAGGUAUGGAGAGGACAUACACGCCCACGUUAUACAUUGCUGUUAUAUAUUUUACUACAGGAAAUGCGACAUACACUAAUGAAUUUAUCUCUCUAUUAAUAUAUGUAAUGCCUUAAUGGAACGCUAUAACGUAAUUACAUGGUAAUUAAAGGAAAAUAGCACAGCCGCAGAAAGGAGAAGUGUAUUUAAGGAAUGCUACUAUCGUCUUUAGUGUUUACUAGAUUACCCGUUAUACGAUUUUUAAUCCUUUAGUAAGUCAUACUAUGUGCGAGCGGGAGAAGGAGAAGAGUGCAUAAUUAGAGGAUGCCAGGGACUAGAAAUGAUAGAAUGAGACGGGGAGAAAAAAAGAGACGGACAUAUAUAUGUACAUACAUACUUCACGUACACGUCGAUAGAAAAAAAAAAGAUAUGUAAAGAUGUAUAUGUAAAACUAUACGUCCAGAGUCGAGUUAAGAAUAGCGAGUUAGGAAAAAUGUUGUUUUAAUAUACGAUCAAGGGGGUCGCGAUUAUUUUGAUUAUCUUUGCCUUCCUCAACAUUUUCUAAUUUCGUACACAAGUAUUUUCUUUUUCCGUUGUCUUUUUUUUUUUUUUUAAUACGAAAUAACGUUGCGCGAAACUUAACUCGCCGCUGGACUUGCUCGCACAUCAUGCGUAUGUGUGUGUGUGUUUGUGUGCGUGUACACCUGCGUGUGUGCCCACAUGCAUCCUCGUACCAAGGUAAACAUGUCGCCUCGUUUACGACCGGAAAAGAGAGAGAGAGAGAGAGAAUUGCGCGAACCCUUUUGCGUCUUUAGGAUAAUCCCGGUGGAGUGCGUCCAACGCGGAAAUCGCGUAUAUAUACGCUCGCAUACAUAUACAUACAUACUCGAGGAUCUUUCGAAUCGACGUCGCUUGGAAUCUGUGAGAGGUAAUCGAUGCUCGUGCCGACUUUGCGAGCUCGUGUAUGAAACUCAAAUCACUGAAUAAUAAAGGGAAGGAUAGAAAUUAAAAUAAUUUAAUUCGGUUAAAGAGAAUGGUGUUCGAUAGGACCGAUAAAUUCGGCCUAUUAUGAAGCGAUCUCAAAACAAAAAAAGCUUCGAAAUAUUUUUUAAAUUGGUUGUGAUUGUACAUAAUUAGUCUAUGACUGUGUGUUAGAGUUAUCAUUGGGACAGAUAGAUACAUAAAUAUACAUAUAUAUUGUAAGUAAAUAUAAAUACCUCUAGAUUAAACGAAUAAAAAAAUUGAAAAGCUAUGAAAAUCACAAAUAAUACGAGAAAUUAAAAUUGCUGUUGAUUUUCAUAACAUUAGAUUCGAGAUUAAAGAUAAAAUACGAAUUACUAAUUUAAGCUUUGGAACAGCGACGUCGACUUGACUGGAUCCGCGACAGAAUAAUAAUAAUAAUUAUAAUAAUAAUAUAAUAAGGCCUCGAAAUCAACAAUAUUCUUGCCUCGUCCAUUAAUCAGAAGCUAUAAUAUGGAGUUUUCUGUUUUCUCAGAUUGUAAGAUCGUCUGAAUCCAGAGAUACUCUGUGAAAAAUCGAUAAGACUCGUAUAAAGUAUAUGUAUAAUAAAAAGGCAACGCUAUUUUUUGUGGCUAGAUUAUACAUAAAAUGUAAAAUAAUAAGAGAGAAACACAUUUUACGGAAACUAAAUUCUAUCGGUUUAUAAUCAAAAAGUGAGAGAGAGAGAGAGAGAAAAUAAGAGUUGAGACAAAAAGUUGAUAUGAAUAUUAGAUAUGAAUAUUAAAUUGCGAGAAAAGAAAAGAUCUAUAUAAGAAAAGAUAUAUAUAUAUAUAUAUAUUAUUCUAAUCGUUCUUUUCUUGUACGCCGUCGCCGCUCUGCGAUCGAUCGUAACGAAGACAGAUUGGCAAACAAUUGUAAAAUAACUGACUCGCCAACCACAAAUAAUCAAAUAAUGUCAUUUGGUAAUAUGUAACUUUGAAAUCGAUCAUUACGAAUUUAGCGAAUUAGGGUACGAUCCGUGAAUAGCAAUUAGUGCCAUCGCGAGCGGCGAACGAAUCGAGAUUGCCUUGUGAAUGAAAUGCUUUAAUUUGACAAGUUGAAAACAGGAUGGAAACCCCAGUGAGCCGUUAUAAUAGCGUAUAUUAUUUAGCGCAGAGUCGCACGCCUAGCUAAUUAGAUAAUUACUACUACAAAUUGUCGGGAAAAUACGUUUGGCGCGAGCGAACCUUUACCGCUCGACUCAAUCACUCGCGCUAAUUGUUCCAGCGAGCAUUCGGGUAGUCGAGAGACUGAAAAUGAUUCGAGAUUUGGUUAUUGAUUAUCCAACAAGACUAUUUCAGCUUGCCUGUUACUUUCUGUUCUUGCGCGAGUUAUUCAAAAGAUUAAUAUGAAAUAAUUUUCGUUUCAAGUAAAUGUAAUUGGUUAAAAAUUGUUUAAAUAUAUUAAUAACAUAAAUUUACAAAUAUAUAAUCAGUCAUUUUUACUAAUAAUCUCUAAUCAAAUAAUGAUGUAUUUGUUGCACGCAAUACCGAUGGAUAUGUUUUAGGAUCAAUAUUCUUUUUUUUUUUUUAUCUUGAUUUCCAUAUGUUUUUCUGAUGUUUGACGUUUAAGAUCGAUGAUACGUCAGAUAUUCCGUACUAUUCGCUUCCUGAAUGCUCGCGUGGAUCUUAUCAAAUAAGAUUAAUAAUCGAUUCACGUUGCUUGAUUCUCUCAUGCCCAUUCGAUCAAACUCGAUAAUCACGCGUCAAUCAUGACAAAACGUCGUGCCAUAAAGGUGAAGCAUUGCUAUGAUUCCAUUUGUUUACAGGAUUUCAAUGUGAAGAGCCGCGCAAUAAUACACAUCAAGUUUGUUAAUAACAAUGACAUGUUUUAAUUAACAACAAAAAAGUUUUCUCUUCAAUGACAUAGUAUCGUAGUUCUGAUCAUAAUGGUCAAAUUAUAGUGUUCCCAAAUUUUCAUUAUUUGCAUUAAUAUUCCGAUUAUUUAAUUUUUUACAAAAUUAUAAUAUAUAAAAAUGAUAAAUGUUAAUGUUAUUUGUGAAUUGUGAUUUUUUUUCUCUAACAAAUAUAUAAGCAAAAGACAAAAUUUUUCAAGGAACUGAUAUCUUGGAAACUGUGCUUAAAAAAAUUAUUAAAAACAUAUUAAUAUUAUUAUUAUUAUUAUUAUUAUUAGUCGUAGUAGUAUAGAUAGUAUUAUUCCAAAUCUUGAAUCAGAAAAUUAAUUCCUUCAUUUUUUAUGCGAUUUUAAGGAUAUUUACAAACUAGUACCAAUUAAUUUCUAUGCAGUUGAUAAAAUUAUAUUCCAAUGAAUAUCAAUAUUUUUUUUACUAAAAAUCACGAUUAUAUACAUAAUAUUUUGUCGUACUCUUUUUGAUUAACUCGCUUCUGUCAUUGUUAUCGCUAUGUUACUAAUUGAUUUCGAUAAAACUGUACCUAUAAUUAUAUUUUUUUAUCCUUGACCGGCAAUCGAUCUUUAAUAUAGAUUACGUUUGCUUCUUUGUAAAUAAUGAGAUAUAUCUUUAAUCUUUUUUAAUCAGAUUAAAAAUUUAAUUCAGGAACGUCACACGAUACCGAGUCAUCGAAGAUAACUCUAUGGAAUAAUUCCAAACUUGAGUGUUACUUGUUGCAGAGAAUUCCCAACAAUUUUAACGCAAAUUGCCAACAAUUUUAUACGCAAAAGUUAUGUGGCAUGAGAGACAUGUAAUGCGUGAUAUGACGGUAAACAUCGACAACAGAAAUCGGAUUUUUCCGUCGAUAGUUCCUCGGUGAUGCCAGAUACUCUAAAGAUUUAAUUUUGUACGAGCCAAGUCAAAUCUCUCGCGGCGGAUCCAAGUAAGCGGUUUUCACCAAGAAAAUAAAAAAAAAUCAUAAAAGAAAGAAAAAAGAAAAAAUAAAGAAUACGCAAGAAGGAUGGAAAAAGCGAAUGAGUGCGAAGAGAACGGAUUGUACGAACUUGUACGAAAAAAAAAAAAUUUUUUUUUCUCGGAUGUUUACACACGCGCGCGCGCGCGCGCGCGAUAAGCCUUCUCUCUUUCUUCUGAUUCCUCAACAAAAGAUGAAUCGAAUAAAUGGCGCGUUCUUGAUCUGGCAUCACUAAUGAGGAAGUAAACGGCUCGAUCCUCCUCUUCCUCUUCCGGAAAUGAACACUGUUUCCGGUCGCUCUGAAACAAUCGACUCGAGAAUUAUCAGGCUUUUCCGUUCUCGUCGUUUCUAUUCGACGUUACAAUGAUGAAUGAUAAACUGAAGUUCAACUAACACACUGUAUACGAUUUCUAUUUCUGAGUAUAUUAACGUAAAAUUAUUGCGCUGCGCGUUUUCUGUUCAUUAUACCGAAUUUUUUUUAUUAUUAAUAUCAAUGGAAAUUUUUUCCGAGUCGUUAUACUGUUUCUCACAAGGAUUUGAUGUUGAUUUGCUAGACAAUCCGCGAAAAUCCAUCGAAAAAUUGCUUUUGUAAUUCUCUUAACAUUUGGAGAUACGAAUGGAAUGAAGAGGAAUUUUGGCGGCAGCAAUAUUUCACGAUUAUCCGCGACGCAUUAGAGAGAGAAAGAUAGAGAUCUCAUCCCUUCGACCAUCCAUUAUAAUUAAAUUAUUACACUGAUUAAUGGCUGUAGUAGCUAUUAUUAGUGGCUCUGGAUGAGUGUAGUAACCGCAUUAUGGUCCUGCGUGUUCAAACCCACGCGUUUGCGAUGUUGUAGUGAUAUAGCAAUAUCAUAAUGGUGCGACUCGCAGAGAGAACGCUAUUGUAACGAGAAAAUAUUGCUGUAGCUAUUCUCGCUGCCGCGAGAAUUUUUCCGAUAAUUAAACAGGAAUGUCUGUCGUAAAGAAACGUGUAUCGAUCACGGCUUUCUUUCGUUCGCGAUGGACGGGUCUGAGCUAUCUCAUCAACGGUUUAAUCCGGAAAUUGGUCAUUUGCGGAUGACGACGAUCUUCGGCGAGUUCGACGCAGCGGAGAACGGAAAGACCUCGCGUGGUACCAAGUUCCGGAUCAACGAUGCCGGAAGUCCGUCUCGUUCUCGAUGGUCCCGAGAUUUCUAUCUCGACACCUGGUGAUCGAUUAGAACGAUCACGAAACCGUUAAAGCCAGGAGGAUCGCCCGUGCAUUCCUUUUCUUUUUUUUUUGCGCUUUCCCUUUGCCGUCCAGCGGUAUCCUCUUUACUCGAACGUUCCUCUUCGUUUCUCAUUCAAUCGUUUAUUAUCGGUUCUCGCCAUCCUCCUCUCUUCGUAUUCUCGCGAUGACCGGAUCGACGAAGGUUGAUUCUAAGUUCACACGUGCAUAUACACAUUCGUAUAUAUAUAUAUGCGUGCGUGUAGUGGACACACAUCUACCAACACGCAUGUACAAAUUGUAAACGGCACACACACACACACACACACACACACACACACACACACACACACACAUAUAUGUAACAUAGACACAACGUAUCUACAUAUACACACACGCGAAAAGGAAAACAACGACGCACGCAUAUCGCGCGUACGGAAUUUACGAUGAUUAUUGUUAACGAAUGAUUUACUGGUAAUAAUAAUUAUAAUAUAACGUUAACAUUACCCGUUUUUGUAUUUUAAGGAGAAUAUAAAAUAAAGGGGGAGUUAAUGAAAGUGAGAGAGAUAGAGUGUGAAAGAAAGUAAGUGAGAAAGAGAGAGAGAGAGAGAGAAAUAGGGAGAGCUAUCUGUUUCGUGCGAUAUUCGAAUGCAUAAGUGGGCGCCAAUUUGGUAAAUUUCUUUUUUUAUUUCUUCUGACUUGCCCAGAAUUAUAUAUUCCCAUAUAUAAAAAUGUUAUAAGAAUACCUAUAAAAAGUGGAAAUAAAUAUCAUGUAAACACCGAGAAUAUAAA